CCGACCUGCGCUGCAUAGAUGCUCGGACUGCCGGAUAAAAAACAAAAGCAAGAACAGAAAAGGUCUGAUAUCCAAUGAUGGACGGGUUUGCAGGGGACAUGCUGAGCGGUGGCCGGGCUCUGCUUGGGGAAGACAGCUCAGUGAUGGCUCGCAUGCAGAAGAAGUUCUGGAAGACCAAGCAGGUCCUCAUCAAAGCCACGGGCAAGAAGGAGGACGAGUAUGUGGUAGCUUCAGACGCUGACCUGGACGCCAAGCUCGAGUUCUUCCGCUCUGUUCAGUGCACCUGCACAGAGCUGCUGAAGGUGAUCGAGAAGUACCAGCACAGGAUUACACGUUUGUCCCAAGAGGAGAACGAGCUCGGCCUGUUCCUGCGAUUCCAAGGCGAACACGAUCGCACCAAGGCCGGAAACAUGAUGGACGCCACCAGCAAGGCCUUGUGCACCUCCGCCAAGCAGAGGAUGGCACUUUGCCCGCCUCUGCACCGUUUGCACCAGGAAGUGGAGACGUUCCGGCGGCGCGCCAUCGCAGACACGCUCCUAACAGUCAGCCGUAUGGAGAAGGCCCGCACCGAGUACCGAGGAGCCCUGCUCUGGAUGAAAGACGUCUCCCAAGAACUGGACCCAGACACCUACAAACAGCUGGAGAAGUUCCGCAAGGUCCAAACCCAGGUCAGAGGAUCAAAGGGCCAGUUUGAGAAGCUAAAGAAUGAUGUGUGUCAGAAGGUUGACAUGCUGGGAGCGAGCCGCUGCAACAUGCUCUCACACUCCCUCUGUACUUAUCAGACCACUCUGCUGCAGUUUCACGCCAUGUCGGGUAUCCACAUGGCCUUCCAGGGACACGUAUCAUACCAGUUCACCACACUCAAGGACUUGAGAGACCCACUGGAGCUAAUAUCAGACACACAGAACGACGAGGACAAGAAGGAGAAGGCUCUACAGACUAACACAGACAGUCUGGUGUCCUUGGAUGACGACAAGCCAUCAGGAAGUGCCUCUGACACAGACCCCGCCCUCAGCAGUGACAGACAGAGCCAAUCAGGUAACACAGCGGCCCAAAACGCUACCGCGCCUACCGCAGCCCAUCACGAUCUCAGAGGACUGUCAAUGGCCUCUGACGACGACCUGAUGCUCAUGGCUUGUGAUCUGCCACAGUCCCAGCCCCAGCUCCUGCCUGCUCCCCAUGCUGCAGGACAGAAUGAGCCCUGGGGCUUUGGAGGCGCCCAGUCCAGCCUCACACAGCUGCCUGCUACUGGUGGGGAUCUUCUGAGAGCAGAGGAGGAAGACGGUGAACGGAGCGACAUGGCUUUCCUCAAAGACCUCCUCAGUCCUGGUCCGGGGGCCGCUGACGAGUUCAGCAGAGAGUGGCAGGAUGCUUUCGGGCUGUUGGACGCCCCCAGCGUUCCUCCUGCAGGAACAGGGGCAGCGAGUACCAGCGUCCCGGACCCUGCAGCCCACCCAUCCUCCAACCCUCCCAGCCCCACCGGCUUCCUUCCCUCCCAGCUGCUGGACCACAGUCUGAGCUCCACAGGCUGGUCAACCCCACCUAUGUUCCAAGCUCCGCCCCUGCAGCCUCCUGCUAGUCAGAGCCAAUCAGCACAGCCGGCUCCAAGUUCAGCAGCUAAUGCUGCUGCAGGUGGAUCCAAAGACAUGUCUGCCUGGUUCAACCUAUUUGCAGACCUGGACCCCCUUUCCAACCCUGACGCCAUCGGACGCUCCGCAGAUGAACUUCUCAACGCUUGAAGCUGUAUAUGUACUGUGUGUGUGUGCGUGUGUGUGUGUGUGUGUGCGUGUGUGUACACCACUGUAUGAUUUCUCUCAAACAAUCUGGAUUCCUGCAACUUUUCUUUCUAAUAACUAAGUAAAACAACACACAUUAAGAGUAACUAAAACACACACACACACAGCUGCGUUUCUUUUACCAGGGGAGAUGUGUACACAUAUCCACAGACACAGAUACACACUCAGCUCUGUGUUACACCUGAAGACGAUGUUUACCCCGGGAAAAAAAGUGUCAUGCGAGACGAUUGUGAAACACUCAGAGCUGCUUCCGUGCAGCUUUUUCUAACUGACUGUUAACAACACCCAUGAAGCCUCUGACUCACAUGCACACAGCAAACCUCACAGCUUCUGUGUUAUCUUUGGCUUCUGCAGCUUCUGUCGAGCAGAGAGAACGUUUGGCCUACAGGUUUAUUUUGGACAACGCCGUUGUGAGCUUUUCUGUGCUUUAUUCAUGUUUGCGUUGUUCGUGUGUGUGUGUGUGUGUGUGUGCGUGUGUGUGUGCUGUGUGCACUCAUAACAAGGGACCUGAGAUGACUUUAUGUAGUAGGACAUGACAUUUGAAUACAGAGCGCAUAUAUAUCAGACAGAGUGUAUGUAUGAGAUACGGAUGAGCCUGUAUUUGCACACAGCAGAGACCUGUAACACAGAGUUCAUGUCAGCCUGGCUCUCUUUAGGUUACCUGUCUAACUGAUAACUGAUAACUGGUGUGAUGAAGCUGGCUCUGUAACCUUUAGAGUAUCAAACAAUGAGUCCAGUGGGGAAAUGACUAAAUUCAAAGUUUUAUUGAGCAAAGUGAUCUAUGUAAAAAGAGCAAAUCACAUGUAAUCAGCUCAGUUAAUUAUAGAUGCAACAUUCAGUCUAACUUUAUAUAGAUUCAAUGAAAGUACACAGUAUAUGAACAAUUAAUAUGCAACUAUAAUCCCCAUUUUGUUAGUGUGGUGACAUACAGUCUAAUCUCUGUUAAAAGUUUUACACUCUAGUUGUGCGAGAGCAGGUUACCAUGGCGAUCUGUCCUGGUUAAAAGCAAGUCAGCUUUGUGUACUGUAAAGCUCAAAUCUAGCUUCUGAUUCAGGUCCCUGGAAAAACUGGAUGUUACAGACUCCACCAGUUAUAUAAAUAAUGCGAUGCUAUAUUGAUCUCGGUAGGGCACUCCUCUGUUUUAUUUUCUCUGCACUAACCGUUCAGUCUACUGGUGUAAAGCCAGCGCUGAGCUGUGAAGCAUCCAGCCUCCAGAGAGGACUGACUGGUUUGGUUUUGGAGUCUGAGCCGGCGCGGAUACUCGCGCUGUCCAAACUGCGGCUUCUGUGGCGCCAGCAGGCUCUUCAUGUUUAUCCACCCACUUCAUUCCUGAUUCUACUUGCAACGAAUUGCAGCACAGAGUAAAAAUAGGAUGUUUGAAUUUUGUUUUCAGUCCCAUCUGUUGUUCAGAUUUCAUUAUCUCGAGUCUAAAAGC